AUAAAAUGUACUAAUAGCAACACCAUCGAUUCUACUGUCAUAUGUCAAAUACUUACUGCUUGUAGUUUCUCAUGUUUUAAUUCAGUCUUCAAUUCAAUUCCAAUUUUAAUCCAAAAGUAGGAAAGACGUUGCAGUAUUUAAAAUGACUUCCACAUCGUUCAACGUUGGUAUUGGCGACGGUUCAAGGCUGUCUAGUCGGGUACUACGCCCUCCAGGCGGUGGGCACACAGACAUCUUUAGCGGGGAGCCUGAACCUCCACGUGGAAGACGUCUGGUUCCUGCUGCCUCUGGUGCUAUGUUUGGUCACGGUGACGAUACCAAAUCAAUAAUUGGUGCUCAAACUCCAACCCAAAAUGGAGCUUCCGAAACUUCGGAACCCGCACCACAGCCUGAAGUGCCUCAACCUGCAGCGCCACAACCUGCACAAUUCGAACCUGUCGUGGUUGCUGAACCUGCUGUGGUUGCUGAACCCGUUGUUGCUAGCCCGGCCAAGGCAUCGAACCCUGCUACCCCAGCGGUGACCCCUACUGAACAGACUAAAGCUGAACCCCCUAAAAGAGUCCGCGUACCCCCCGGCGGCUUCUCUUCAGGGCUUUGGUAAACGCUGAGAACGCUUGGGACCGCGCACUGUGCCUUAGUUUUAUGUUGUCUAUCUCGUCUGUUGUUUGAUUGUGAAGCUGCCAAAUUUUAAGUUGACUUGUUGAUUAGGGAUACUGGCUGAAUCUUUACGCUAGUGCGUGGCACCUAAAUCCUGCAAAUUGUUUGUCCCUUUAAACAAGUGUCAUUUACAUUGUUCAGUUAUUGAGGGUAUUUCAAUAUGUUGUUUCGUCUACCCUCAAAUUUGGCAGCUUAUGUAUGUCGAAGGCUAGUAGUGUAUGGUAAGCCUCUCAAAUGGGCGAUGGGUUUUUAGAAGUGGGAGAUAGGCUAACAUUUGCAUCUGCUGGAUUUUGGUCCCGCCCUUUGUCAGCUUUGUAAAUCUUCGCGUAUAUUUACUCCGAUUCUUACGUACGAUGAAUUUAAUCUAAUAUUUUACUCUUUCGCUUGUGUCAAAGGCAAUUGCCAACUCAAGACUUGUAUACUGUAGUCACGAAAUUGUUAGGACUAAGGUAUUUUAUAGGUAUUCAUAUUCGUCUAGCUGGUAUUAUUUUUUUUAAUAUUACUUAAAAGCCGACUGGUCUUUCAGUACUGUACUUAAAAUUUUCGUUAACAAUUAUGUUUUAACGCAAAACGGCAAUGCGAUUAUGUAUAUUAAUGAUUUUUAAUGAUAAUUGUAUUUUUAUAUUAAUAAAAUGCUAUAAAUUUAA